AUGGAUGCCUUUGUAGGCUCUCUCCCUUCGUUCUCCACGAACUCGGACGAGGCAACAUCAUCCCAGAAUCGGGGUAUGCACCAGCUCCCGCAUCUAAACAUCCCUCCGCUUCGAGGCCCUCUGCCACCACAAUCGCGGAAACCCCCGUCUCCACUUGAGCCCAAGGCUGGGACAAUCAGGGAGCCCAAAUAUAACUCCAAGUCAACACUUCCCACGCCCAACCAUCUAUCAGAGCCCCCAACCGUAGCGGGGUUUCUUAACAACACGGCCCAUGCGGACAAGCACACAACCCCAGUCCCAAGAUCUACCACAGAAAAUCCACCCAAAACAGUACUCCCGGCCUUCAUAAACCUACGAGCCGUCGAAAAACUACCGUAUUCCUCCUUCAAACAAGAGGUGUUACCUCGUAAACGUCGCCAGGCCGAUCAGUAUGCUGAUACAUUCGGAGACCAUCUGCAGCUUCCAAUACCAAAAAACCAGAAGCAGAUACAAAAACAGCGUCCCCCAUUUGGACCACUAACCAUAUUGAAUGGGUUAAACGAGCCACCACCAAAUGCUGCCCUCUUCCCACCAAUUGAACCCAACGGGCCUCCGAAUAUCCCGACAUGCGACAUCCAAGAAGUGCCGACCCUAAUCAACGGCUCCUCUAUCCAAGAUAAUGGGGAAAGGAAACAUAGGCAACUUGUGGAAGCUAAUGAAAAGACUGGUGCGGAUAAGGAUCGAAUACUGGGCAACGCAUCUUCCCAAGAAACUCCUGCGUUAAUGCCUGGCGCUGGACAAUCCGUUGAGUUGCCUGACAAUGAGGAUGACCUAAAAUUCAAUGGUGGAGUUGCACCAAAACCACAACGGAGGAAGAGAGCACGGAAAUGGACAGAUGAGGAGACUUACGAUUUAUUACGCGGAGUUGUGAGAUGUGGUGUCGGUAAUUGGGCUGUCAUACUCGCACAAACUGACCUACAUUUCAACGACCGAACGUCGGCAAAUCUAAAGGAUAGGUUUCGGGUUUGUUGCUCAUGGGCUUAUGAACCUAAUGGGGAGCCCCCAGCGCUCGCAGAUAAUGCGAACAAUGAACGGUCCGGAAAGAUAUUCUUACCCGAUCCUAGAAAAACUAUGGGAGUUGUUGAACCAAUCCCUCUCACUGGCUCUACAUCUGCACUUCAAAAACUUACAGGAAAUACGCCUUCCACUGCACCCGGUUUCCUUCCGACGUCUACAUUUUUUUCGGGUACAGAAACCCCUAUUACACCAGAAAAAUACCCAGCGACACAGGUAUCUCACCGCAAAACGUAUCCUCCCGCAAGGGGCAGUGAUGCUCUUUCAAGGAAGACAAAAUCUACUUUGAUUGCUCUCGGACUGCCUGAUCCCGACGCUAUUGUCAAAGCAAAUAGGCGGUCCAGACGCCCCUUUACGCAAGCAGAAGACGAGGCAUUACUGAAAGGCUACGCGGUUCAUGGCUUCCAGUGGACAUUAAUACGACAAGACAAACAUCUUAAUUUAAUGCAUCGAAAAGCUACAGACCUUAGAGACAGGUUCAGAACGAAAUUUCCCAACGCCUACAGGGAAGGAGGGUCGGCAACUGCGAAAAACAUACCAGCCUCCAGCAGCAAUACAGCCAUGCUAAGCACUGCGUCUGAUCCAGCUGACGACGUAAAACGUGGGUCUACUUCAGCUGUCCCGAUCAGUGCAAUAACACAAGAACGCUUACAGCUGUCUAAUUUGACCUCGCCCGUUGAUGGCCUCCAGCAUGGCAAAGGACAACUUAGGCGACCAAGUAAUAGUGGCGCAGGUAUUACUAUCGCGACAUAUGAUCAAAAUGUAAAGAUGAAUCCAUCAUCCACACCCGCGAAUGAUCAUUUCCUAUCUACUAUGGCUGCUAGUGCAAUGCCUAUCGACCCGGCAAUGCUACCUCCAGCUCCACCAUUGAGCUCUGCUUUCGCCUUCACGGCGGUGGAUGACAGUACGAGUGUCAAUACUGGCGAAUCUACAUUUGAGCGAUCCGAUGAUGUUACUCUACCUCCGUUAGUAUGGGAAGAAUUAGGGUGA